AUGAUGAACGGCUACGAUGAAAAACGGGGCCACCGCACCGACGAUGACGACCCCUUCGCCGCCAAAGGCAACAUCGUCAGCGCCUUUGAUGCCUUUCCAAAAGCCAAACCCCAAUACGUGACUCACACCUCCUCCGGCGGCAAGUGGACAGUAGCCAUGGUGAUCCUCUCCCUCUGCCUCGUCUGGUCCGAGCUCGCCCGCUGGUGGCGCGGCACCGAAACCCACACCUUUGCCGUCGAAAAGGGCGUCUCCCACGGCAUGAACCUCAACCUCGACGCCGUCAUCAAGAUGAAGUGCGCCGACAUACACGUCAACGUGCAGGAUGCCUCGGGGGAUAGGAUUCUAGCUGCCGAGGCGCUGUACCGUGACCCGACGAACUGGGGGCAGUGGGUGGAUCAGAGGGGGAUUCACAAGUUGGGGAGAGACACUCACGGCCGUCUACUGACCGGCGAGGGUUUCGUUGACGGGACGCAAGAGGAGGGUUUCGGGGAGGAGCACGUGCAUGACAUUGUUGCGUUGGGGAGCAAGAAGGGGAGGUGGGGGAAGACGCCGAGGUUGUGGGGGAGGGAGGCGGACAGUUGCCGGAUUUAUGGGACGUUGGAGUUGAACAAGGUGCAGGGUGACUUUCACAUCACGGCGAGGGGGCAUGGGUACGCGCAGUUUGGGGAGCAUUUGUCCCAUGACGCAUUCAACUUCUCCCACAUCAUCAACGAGCUAUCCUUCGGCCCUUACCUCCCCUCUCUGAUCAACCCGCUCGAUCAGACCGUCAACUCGGCCCCGGAACACUCGCACUUUCACCGCUUUCAGUAUUUCCUCUCCAUCGUCCCGACAGUCUACAGCCUCGGCCACCCAGACUCGUAUUCGUCCCGCUCCAUCUUUACAAAUCAAUACGCCGUCACGGAGCAGUCCGCUCCUAUUCCGGAGAACAUGGAGAUGCAGAUGAUUCCCGGGAUUUUUGUCAAGUACGACAUCGAGCCGAUCCUACUGAAUAUUGUCGAGGACAGGGAUAGCUUCUUGGUCUUUUUGAUCAAGGUGGUGAAUAUCCUGAGCGGCGCCAUGGUGGCGGGGCAUUGGGGUUUCAGGCUCAGCGACUGGGUGAAUGAGGUGAGGGGACGGAGGAGGAGGAACGCGGGACAUAGCCAGGGGAUGCUGGGGACCAAGGGGGGUGGGGAGUAUGAGGAGUGA